GGAACGGAAUCGCAUCCAUCCGUAGAUUCGCUGUCCCUGUCCGCGAGCCAAACGCGAGUAGUCAUCCAUAUUUAAAAUCAUAAACGGAAGAGAGGAGAGUCCUCUCUCUCUCUCUCUCUGCAUUUUCUCCUCUUUUCAAUGGCAGCAACGCUCUUUACACCUCCAAUUCCCGCCAAACCCCCCACAAAAAACCUCUUUUUCGGAUCCUCGUCUUCUUUCUCUCCUCGCCUAUUCCGUGGGCCCACCUCAUCGCAUCCCUUCAUCUCAACCUCUGCAAGAGCUCUGGUCUCCCCAAACCCCCCAAGGGCUGCUGCAACGACAGCCAUCGAUGUCGAUAACGCCACUUCCGUCGGAAAAUCCGCACCGUCCUUGCCCUUCCGCGUCGGCCACGGUUUCGAUCUUCACAGGCUCGAACCCGGAUACCCUCUCAUCAUUGGCGGCAUCAAUAUCCCCCACGACAGAGGCUGUGAAGCUCAUUCAGACGGCGAUGUUUUGCUUCACUGCGUGGUUGAUGCUAUUUUGGGGGCGUUAGGACUGCCAGAUAUUGGGCAGAUAUUCCCAGACACCGAUCCGAAAUGGAAGGGCGCAGCAUCUUCUGUCUUCAUGAAAGAAGCGGUGAGGCUAAUGCAUGAGGCAGGGUAUGAGCUUGGAAACUUGGAUGCUACCUUAAUUCUUCAAAGACCAAAACUGAGCCCACACAAGGAGUCCAUCAGGGCCAACCUGUGUGAGCUGCUUGGAGCAGACCCAUCCGUCGUUAAUCUUAAAGCAAAAACUCAUGAGAAGGUUGACAGCCUUGGAGAAAAUCGAAGUAUUGCUGCUCACACUGUCGUCCUUCUGAUGAGGAAAUGAUGUCCCUUCCAAAGCAUCAUACUGAGAAGUGAGAUUUGUAUUUAAUUACCAUGUUGCAUAUGGAUUUCAAAGUUGUUUUUGCUCUGCCAUCAGGGCUGUGGCCAGGAUUAUGCUAUCUAUUGGGGCAUGUUUGAGUAAGCUCUUUCUUUCUAUGUGCCCUUCUUAAAGUAAUAGAUUUUAAUGAAAUCCUUAAUUUGUUGCA